AUGGCUGUGCAGAGGGAGUUUUGCAUUAUAUUAGCUGUGAUGGUGGUUGUUUUGGUUGUUCCAUCCAAUGGUUGCUCGCAGAACGGCAGCCGGGGCGUGAGAUACUCAGUCGGAGACGCAUUCUGGGCCAUCCCUCCAAUUGUUGAUUACUACUCCAAAUGGUCUUCUAACCAUUUCUUCAAGAUCGGCGACUCUCUCGUUUUUGACUUCGAAGCGGGGCGUUUCAACGUGCUGCAAGUGACAAAGCAAGAGUAUGAUAGCUGCACAGCUUACAAGCCCUUGAAGAUCUUCAACAGUGGUCCAGUGAAUAUACCAUUGCGAGAAAAGGGCGUGUUCUACUACAUGUGCAACAUCUCAAACUACUGUAGUCUUGGGCAAAAGAUUUCCAUUGCAGUUAAUGAGUGCCCCUGCGCCACACCAAGUCCAUCACCGUCUUCCCCUCCUCGUGCUUCUCCACCCCUUGUUCCGCCAUCUUCAUCGCCACAUAUACCGGCUCUGCCUCCGUCUCCAGAUAACUCCCAGCCUCCUUAUGUGCAGGUUACAAGUCCAGCUCCGUCCACAGUUGAUAAUGGUUCCCCUGAGGGUCCUUCAAACUCUGCAGCAUUGAUACACAAAGGGGUGCUUCUUGGCUGGCUUUCCCAAUUGGUGUUACUUCUUAUUUUUGGGGUGGUCUGGGGAAGUUGA